AUGUUGAUUGCUUCUUUGGACGGUCUGCAUGAUCUGGAAUCUUCGAUUACGAGUGUUCCGCACACGGGGGUGCAAGUGGUGGAUGCCUUCCUCAACCGGCUGGAGGUCAUGCUUGUCUUGGACGAUGGAGGCGGGCGAUACCUGCACGAGAUCCUGAACGUCAAAGGCAAUGUGCCAGAGCAGCAUGUCUCCAUCAUUCUUCGGCAAGUGCUGCACGCUCUCGACUACCUUCACUCGAGGAAAAUGCGGAUACACAAUGACAUUCAUCCAAGCAACCUCUUGGUCUUGCGAUCGGGAGAAGUUCGCUUGAGUGGAUUUUGGUUUAGUUCUAAGACGCAGACCUCGCAGUCACAAAGAUUCGCUGGGAGGUAUGGGUACAUGGCGCCUGAAAGACUGUUGGGGCUCGAGUGCGGUUUUGCUUCUGAUGUUUGGAGCGUUGGCAUGCUUACGCUCGAGCUCCUUCUUGGUAGACCAUUCUUUGACACCUCAGAGCUCUACGAUGCGAAGUCCAUCUUCGAGUUCAAGAAGCAUAUCGUGGAAGAAAACAGUCCAUCGCUUUCUCGGCAAGAGUAUUCGGAAGGCUUAUGCCUGUUCGUUGACGCCUGCUUAAUCAAGAACAUAAAACUUCGUGCGACUGUUCCAGGACUUCGCAGCAAGGAGUUCAUCACCAAAUAUGAGGCACUGCAGAACUCCUUCUUCGGACGAUGGGCAAAUCGACAACAAGUGCUCAAAUAUUUCGAAAUGAAAGGGUCAUAAGAUGAUCACAGUAUUUUUAGGGUUUAGUAUAUAAGGAUAUAUGAAAGAGAAGAAAUGAAAUGUACAAAGAGG